AUGCCCGAGAGUAUAGACCCAUCAGCGCCAGAGCCUGAACCUGCUGAGAAUGUCGUCGAAAUUCCGAACGCAGGGACAUCGCAGCAUGGGGAUACUGUACCAGCAGUACAACAACAGCAAGCAUCCACGUCCACAAAAGUUCAUGACCACCAGCCUCGGGUUCAGAAACUGCAACAAACUCAGCUCCAUCAACAACCACAACAACAUCAGGCAUCUACUACCACCACACUUUACACACACCGGCCUCAGGUUCAGAAUCUGGCUCCGACUCAGCUACAUCAGCCACAGACUAACAUGAUGUAUCCACAACAGCAGGUAGGCAUACAACAGAUGCCGCAGAUGGGUAAUUUUGGCUCAUACUUUCAGCAGCAGCCCUUCAGAAUCACACCACAGACAGGCAGUGCUCCGCCUAUGUACUUACAACUGCAGGGGACAUGCAGCAGAUACAAACUAGGAACUCCAAUCAAAAGUGGACACACGCAAAUACUACAACUCGGCAUAAAUGAAGGUGCUGAUGACCUUGCCAAGACGCUGGAUGAGCUGCUGGAUGGUUUCCAAUCUGGCCAGAAUGCAUGA